ACGGACUCUGACAAUCUGACGACUGCUCUACGUACAACGCCGUCGUUUACGUGGAAGGCGGCGAACGACCACGUGUCGCGCCCCCGGAAUCGAAACCCACCAUUCCAAUCCACCUUUGCGUAUCAUUUCAAGUCCGUCUCAGGAAUUCCAAAAAGCAAAUGCGAAAAGCUACCGCUGCUUCACACAGUCUCUCUCUCUACUUUCCCUCUCUUUCCUCAAUUUUCUUUCCCUUCCCUUCACUUUCUCUCUCUUUCCUUCCCCUUAAUUUCUCCUGUCUCUCUCUCUGACAUCACAAUGUGAUGGUUCUUGACUUUCCUCGCCAAUCUCUUCAAAAUAUUUCUUAUUUCGUUAGGAUUGUCCCGUCAAGGCGUUGUCCUUGAAAAAGGAUGUGCUCAUCAGUGUGAAAUAAUUUGUAAGAUGGACUACAAAAUGGACUCCAGUUGCUUAAUCUGUUAGGUGUUGUCAAUGCAUAUUAGGAUUUUGUGAUAUUUAUAUUGGUGGUUGUGGAUUUUAGUACAUUUGGAACUGAUGGUGUACGUACGUAGACUGAAUUUUUGGCGACUAAGGAAUUUGGGUGUAAGGGAUCACCAUUCACAAAUUUAGUAAGUCGUGUAAAAGUAAGCAUUGAAGAAAUUUCAGUUUUCAUUUCCCGUCUCAGGAAUUUUGCUAAUCUGAAUUCAAAUGCAUUUUGUUUAAGAUGAAUCAAAGUGUGAAGUGAGUGUGAGAAUGGCAGUGGGAGUGAGAGCAUUGAUUGCAACAAUACAAUAGGUUCAGACUGGCUGGGCACUUGAGAACACUAAAUAGACAUAAUCAGCGAACAAAUGCAGGUUUUGUGGUCUGCAUAUUGAAGAAAAUGUCAGAAGAUGAGCAAGGAGAAUUCAAAUCCAGAAUUCUGAUAAAUGGAUCCAAAGAUGGUAUGACUUUUAAUGAGACUGUAAACAUGUUUGGAAAGAACCCUGCCCAGGUUGUGGAAGAUGGGUCGUUUUUUCCAGCCUUAGAAGAUGAAGUCAUAGCAGUGGAAAAUUUAUUCGCUGAACCUAAAUGCAAUGCCUUAGGUGAUGAUGUUCUAGGUUUUAACAGUUUCAGUCAACAUACAUGCUUCAAUUUUGAAGAAUGCCCUACUGUUGGGUAUGGUUCUAUAAAAACUAAUAAUGGUACACUGGAUUCCAAUACUAACCUAAGCGAGAAAAUCAAAGAAGAAGUAUGUCUCUUUUUUUCAGAUGGGGUGUCGGGAGGAACUGAUGCAACGGUUCUUGAUGGAAAAAAUAAUCUUAUAGAUACCUGUGAAGAUUAUCUGCUGGAUACUGAGUUUGUUGAUGAAGCUUCUGAUUUCAAUCCAAUCAAAGGACCAUAUGUGGGAAACUUGAAUCUAGAAAGUAAGUCUAUGGUCUCGGGUGGAAGAGGGCAUGGUGCUGAGAUAUCAGAAUUGGCUACGACAAGUAUUCCAGUGCUUCAGGGUACAUGUCAGGAUUCCUCAUUACUUGAUAAGAUGACAAUUGACGAGCUACAUGAGGCCUUUAGGAACAUGUUUGGACGUGAAACAACAGUGACUGACGAGCAGUGGCUGAAGCGCCAUUUAUCAUUUGGUCUGCAGAAUCUUCUUGGACCUUCCAAUGAAAAUGAAGGCAAAAUGAUCUUGUCAACAAGUGAUCUGUGCUCCAGAAGAGUGUCCAGCCCCUUCACAGCUGUGUUCAAUUUCAAAAGAAAGCCAAGAGUUCAACAUGUGAAGAGGGAGAGGCAUGAUAACCAUGUUUCUUUGAAAGCCAUAUCUUCAGAGGUUAGAAAAGCUGUGUUGAGUUUUUCUGAAUUAGGAGAAAAGCAAAGCGUACUUGAUACAAGAAAGAGAGUGCGCAAGCCUACUCGAAGGUACAUUGAAGAAUCAUUGGAACACAAUUCAAGGCAUCAAAAGAGGAGUUGUGUUCUUUCCAGUACGUUCUCAAGGGAUAAACUUCUGCACAAUGGAUCUUACAAGCUGCAUUGUCACAAAGGAUUUGAAUCAAAACCCUUUGUCUCUCAGAAGGAACCUUUCAAAGGAGCUUGUAUUCAGGUUCCAUUUGGUCAACCGGUUCACAAGGGGCACCUGAAGAAAAAGGUGCAUGAAUCUGAGGGUUGCGAAGACAGUAAGCUCUUAGGUUCAAAUAUAGAUUCUGAUAUGGAGUCUUUUUCAACUGAGUCACAAGAUGAUGUGUCUGAAGAUGAUUAUAGCGCGGGGACUAAGACUCAGAAGGGUAAGAGUCGGAGAAAGCACCACAUGUACUGGUCCCUUUCAGAAGUGUCAAAGUUGGUCGAAGGCGUUUCUGUGUAUGGAGUUGGAAGAUGGACUGAGAUAAAAAGACUACUUUUCCAUUCAUCUGCAAACCGGACAUCUGUUGAUCUCAAGGACAAAUGGAGAAAUCUUCUUAGGGCCAGCUGCCCACAGUUGCAGAGCAACAGAAAGGUUGAAUCAAGAAGGAAGCACACAUCACAAGUAAUACCACAAUCUAUUCUGCGACGAGUUAGGGAGUUGGCUGCCAUCUAUCCAUAUCCGAGGGAACGAAAGGCCCAGGUCAUGGAAACUGACUCUCCUAUCCCUGAUAAAAGUACCUGUGAUAAUUUGUUGCCCUUGUCAACUGCUGUUAAGUGUAGUGUACGGUAAAACACAUAAAACUUUACUUAGGAACUGGCACGGUAGAAAAUUUAUUUGAAAAGAAGAAUACUUGGAGUAGCAAAAUUUCUACGUUAAGUACACUAUUUUGACAUUUAGCUCAUGCAUAUAUAGGCAUUAUUAGAUUAUUCUCUUUCUGAGAAAUGUGGUAGUUGUUUUGUUUUUGAAUUUGCUUUUUGGGUUUGAUUGUGCCUAAAUAGUUGUUCUUUGCUGUUCAGCAGUUUAGGAUGGUGUCUAUAUUAACCGUUUUGCUAUACUGAUUACAUCAUGUGGCCGAGAUGACUAGGUGUAUUUUUUUACUCAUUAUUUAUCAUGUGAUAAAAAGUGACGAGAUGACUAGGUGUAUUUUUUU